CUUGACGUCACGCUCACAGGGUUGUUUUCUUCCGAGCCCGUGUAUUUGAGACUACAGCUUAAUCUCUCACACUAUUUAUUGAAAUUUAAAGGAUCUUUUAUCCUCGUUUUUAACAGCCACAAGCUUUUCGUUUGUUUUUCCCAUGUACCCAUUUAAACGAGUGAUCGGUCGCUAAUAUCAGUAAAACACCAGAUAAAGUCGUGGCUAAUGCUAAUGGUCGCGUUGGGCAUUUCUUAAAUUUCUGUUUAAUUUCGUCACACCUUUUUGAACUGACACCGUCAGGAGAUUCAAGCAUUAGUUCGUGUGGUAGGAGACGAUAAUGAACUGGAUUUUCCCACUUUCCAAGGGCUCCGGAUCGAUCCCUCCUCUGAACAGUUUACAGAAACAAAGACAGAGACAGAUCGAGUCUCUUAAAGCUGCACACACCAAUCUUGCAGAAAUCCAAAAGGAUGUGGAGUAUAGAAUUCCUUUUACUGUCAACAACUCAACAAUUACUGUCAAUAUCUUGCUCCCACCACAGUUCCCUCAGGAGAAACCAGUGGUCAGUGUGUUUCCACCAGUAGGCCAUCAUUUAGUAGACAGUAAUAAUGGAACAAUGGUUACCAGCCUACUCAUUACUAAUUUCGGAAUGCAUUCAGAUUUAGGAAAAGUAAUCCAGAGUUUACUAGAUGAAUUCUGGACAAGUCCUCCUGUCUUGAUGUCAGGCAACGCCACCUUUCAAUUUAUGUACAAACCAUCUGGGAUGCCUCCUUACCCAACUCAGAGCUUCCAUUUUGUUCCUGCCUUCCCGCCACAGGACGGUCAGCGACCGGUUGGCCCUGUGUCACACGCAGGGGUGGAGUCUCAACAAGCCCCUCCCCGUCCAGCAGCACCAUCUUAUGGACUCAUAACAGACCUUCCUCUUCCAGUACCAACCGCUGACUCCCAGUCAGGACUGAAUGGACACAUGUACAAGAUGCCUGAAAUCCCGGAUUCAUUUCCAGAACUCUCUGAGAUUAGUGUUUCCCAGCUGAAGGACAUGAGCGAUCAAGACGAUGUGUUGUUGGAGUUCUUCAUGUGUUUGCCUCAGCUUAAACAAGUGACCUCGGAUAAAGAGGAGCUGGUUAAUAACAUAGUGGAGAUGGCCAAGAAGAACUUGCAACUUGAGCCUCAGCUGGAGGGCAAGAGACAGGAGAUGUUGUGUAAAUUUGAACAGCUAAUGCAGAUGAAGUCAGUAUUUGAAACCAAGAUGCAGAGACAACAUGAGCUCAGUGAGAGCUGCAGUCUCAGUGCACUGCAGGCCAGAUUAAAGGUAGCAGCCCAUCAGGCUGAGGAGGAGUCUGAGGAGACAGCUGAGAACUUUCUGGAAGGAAAGACGGAAAUUGAUGAUUUUUUAGCCAGCUUCAUGGAAAAGAGAACGCUUUGCCAUUGCAGAAGAGCCAAAGAGGAAAAGCUUCAGCAAUGCAUGAACACACAGUUUCCUGCCACACAUUAAAGCGAAGGAUUGGUGCUCUUUUCUUAGAGGAAGGUUUGGGAUCAAUCUACCAGCAGAUCAGAAGCCAAUCUUGUGGUCUACAGCUUUGAUUAAUACUUCUGCAAAGAGAUUGUUCUUCAAAGUGAUUUUUGCACAGGAUUUUACAAAGUGUUAAGUUUGAAUAGACCAUAUGUCAGUGACGUCUGGAUGUGCCCGGUCUGGCUUUGACCCAAAGGCUGUAAUCAGAGGAGAGCAAUCUGUUCUUAUUAGCUGUCAGAAACAGGCAGUUUGAAGCUUAUUAGAUAGUAGGUAAAAGUACCGUCAACUUGUUAUUUUAAGUUGACUUUGCGACAAAUGGUGUUGGGCCUUGUAAGCACUUGAAAAUGAUCUUAAACAAUGUUAAUGCUGCCGGAAACUUAACGACGACAAAAGCAUACUGUAUUUAAUAAUGUUGAUAAAAACCUUUAUUAUUGUAUUAUAUCUUUAUUUAAUUUGAUAGUUAAUAAAACAUUAAGAAUGUC